AUGGUCGAUCUCGAUCCAGUUUAAAGACCUAAAUUUACUCCAUGGGUUGAAAAAUAUAGGCCAUCUAAAGUUGAAGAAGUUUCACAUUAGUUGGAGGUGGUCGCUGCCCUAAGGAAAAGUAUAUAAACUGGUUAAGUACCUCAUUUGAUGUUUUAUGGUCCUCCAGGCACAGGAAAAACAUCAACAAUAUUAGCAUUAUCUAAGGAGUUAUUUGGAGGUGAGUUUUUCAAACAGAGAGUCAUAGAACUUAAUGCCUCUGAUGAAAGAGGUAUAGCAGUAGUGAGGGAAAAAGUAAAGAAAUUUGCUUAGAGAAAGAUUGCUAAGCAUCCAGAUUCAAAUUUCAACUGUCCAAGUAUUUAGAUUGUUAUUUUAGACGAGGCAGAUUCAAUGACUAUUGAUGCUUAAGCCGCUCUUAGGAGAAUAAUUGAAUAAUACUCAAGCAAUACCAGAUUCUGCAUUAUUUGUAACUACAUUUCAAAAAUCAUAGAUCCGCUUGCCUCUAGAUGUGUGAAAUUUAGAUUUUCCCCUAUUGCAAGAGAUGCAUAAAUUGACAGACUUAAGUUUAUAUGUGAAAAGGAAAAUGUUAAAGUUGAGUCUGAUGAUGUUUUCCAAUCUUUAGUAGAUAUAUCUGCUGGCGAUUUGAGAAGAAGUAUUAAUACCUUGCAAACUGCAAGUACAUUCAAACAAAAUAAUAUAACAAAGAGGGAUAUUGAGAGUAUUAGUGGGAUUGUGCCUCAUGAAUUUAUUAUUAAAGUUGAAUAGAUUAUCUCAAAUACAGAUGGAUUUAGUGAUGUACAAUUUUUAACUUAAGAGCUAUUAUGGGAGGGAUUCGAUGUUUAGUAAGUAAUCUAUCAAAUACUUGAUCAUUUAAUGAGUAAUCCAAAACUCUCGGAUUUAAAGAAAGCUAGAUUAAGUGAAAUUAUUGCUGAAACUGAUGUCAAAUUAAUCCAAGGAGGUGAUGAGGAAAUCAAUCUCCUCUAUACUUUAAGUUCUGUCUCUCGAAUUAUAAAAGUUAAAAAUAAACAUGGUUCACAUUAGUGA